AUAUUUUAAAAAUAAUUUAAAAAUUAAAAAAAAAACAAUUUAUAAAAAUAAAAAAAUCUUUUUUUUUCUUUUUCUGUUUUAUUCUUUUUCGCUUUCUCUUUCUUCUCGUACGAAUCCAAACACCAAACACCAAACUCAAACUCAUCAAUGUCGGCACUACAGCAAACCCCAAUCUCAUUCCGCUCAAAACUCCCUCCACCAAUCACCUCCAUCGCCACAACCUUCCCCAAAACCCUCUCCUUCUCCCUCACACGCAGCUUCCCAAUCCUCCACCGCAACACCGGAGCUAGAAUGUCAGCUUCAGUAGCUUCAAGCUACGUCUUGGCUUUAGCUGACUUAGCCAAGUCGAACAACACACUCGAAGCCACCAGUGCUGACGUUGAGAAGAUCGAUAAGGUGUUCUCAGACCCUUCGGUGUUCAGUUUCUUCAUGAAUCCAACUAUCGAAGAAGAGAAGAAGCGGAAAAUGAUUGACGAGUAAGCUGAAUCGAUGAAUCUCCUUCCUCACAUGGCGAAUUUCCUCAAUAUUUUAAUUGUUUCGAAGAGAAUCGAUCUGAUUAUCGAUGUGACUAAGGAGUUCGAGAGAGUUUAUAAUGGAAUGACAGAGACUGAAUGAGCGGUGGUUAGUGCGGUGGUGAAGCUUGAAUCUCAACACUUGGCUCAGAUCGCUAAGACAGUGCAGAAAUUGACUGGAGCUAAAAAUAUUCCGAUCAAGCUCUUUCCCGACUGUCGAGGUCCAAUCUAACUUUGACAACAUAAACUUCGACUUGGAGCUACACGAUUUCAUUGCCGACUCAAAUUUC